AAAACACACAAACUUCUAAACUCUUCUCUCGUUUGCUUUCUCAAGAUUAUUCACCAAUGGAGGCACUGAAGAUGAAACUCUUUGUGGCUGUUUUGGUGGCGAUGAUAGCUUUCUCUGCCGUGCAACAGGCUGCCGCCGUGGAGGCUCCGGCUCCGAGCCCCACCUCUGACGCUUCCUUGUCGAUCCCCGCUUUGUUCGCUACCGUAGUCACUCUGGCCUUUGGGUUUCUCUUCUAAGCAAAUUUGUUUUUUUUGGCUCUUUAGUUUAUCUAAGAAAUCAUUUUCUUGAUUUCAUUUUUAUAUCCCUCUAUUAUGUAUUGUCCUAAGAUUUGCCAUAUCCGAAUAUCAAUAAAAAUAUCUCGAUAACCUUUU